UGCCGAGCCUGGCCACUGGGCGUCUUGUGAUCGAUGACUCGGCGCGCAACGGUGCCGCCUGGGAGGGAGAGGCGCACAGUGCGCAGGUGCCGAGACUGCCGCGGGGUGCGGUUGUCGCGGUAUUGGUGGCCGUGGCGGUUGUUCAGCGGCCGCAGCUGUGCCGACUCCUUCCAGGCGUGCUUGGAGAACGUUAACGCCGAGAGAGAGGCUGCAGAAUAUGUGACUCGCCGUUCCGCAAGCCCCCGGGGUGCCUGGUUCUUACCGCAUUUCCUCCGCGGCGCUCAGCUCCAGCCGCAGGAAUCUGCUGGGAGAAGCCUUAGUUUGAGCCCAGGCUCUGCUAGUGUCCUCCUGUCACAGCAAAAUAUGAAACAGCGUGUAGUCCCUGAUCUAUGUCGGAGAGUAUAGUAGUAAUCUGUUUCAUAGCAAUCGCCCCAAAGUUGAACAGCUUAAAACAACGAACGUUAAUUGUCCCACAGGUUCUGUACGUCAGGAAUUUGGGCAUGGCGUCACUGGGUGGUUCUGUCUUGGUCUCUCAUGAGAUUCCAGUCAAGAUGUAGGCCAAGGCCGCAAUUAUCUGAAGCCUUGACUCAGGCUGGAGAACCUGCUUGCUGGAUUGCUCACUCACAUGACUGACUGUUGGCGGGAGGCCUGUUUUUCACGGCAUGGACCUCACUAUAGGGUCAAUUGAGUGUCCCCAUGAGUUAGCAUCUGGCUUCUCUCCUAGCACGUGGUCCCAAAGAAACCAAAGCAGAAGCCACAGUGUUUCUUGUCAGAAGUCACAUACCGUCACUUCUGCCAUUCUAGACAACCCUUCAGCGUGGGAAGAGCAACCCAAAGGCAUGAAUAGGGAUCAUUGGGAGCCACCUGGGAGGCCGGCUACCAUAGAGAGUCUGACGAUGAUGAUGAUGAUGACGACUAAGUUGAGAGAGGGAAUCAUAUUUCAUCCUUGUAUGAUAGCCGUUGCCCAAAUCAUUAUGAAAGAAUUGAAUGGAGUUUCUCCCAGUAGGUGGCAGUACUUGUCCACAGUCUGACUUCCACUGGGUAAACAAACUUGUAUUGAACACCUGUCCUGUGCUAGAUAUUAUUCCAGCUGCUGGGGACUCAAAGAAUGAGUGAAUUCACAGUUGAGUGAAUCAACUCUUGUAGUAGAGCGUAAUGAGUUUUUUUGUUUAUGACAGAGAUAAGAACAAUCCUGGGGACGGGUACAUAGAGAAGGGUGGUUGUGCCAGUAGGAUUCUUUAGUGGCAAGCAGUAUGAGAUUGAGGAAGGGUGGCAGGACCAGGGCGGCUCAGUGUGGCCAGAGGGAAGGACAAAGUGAAUACAUCUCAGAUAAAGAAGAUCCUCGAGCUAAGCAAAGAGUUUUAGAAACAUUCUAGAAUGUAUGGGAAGCCAACGGAGAGUUUUAAGCAGGGUAUUCUUUAUCAGGUUUCUUAGUUCUGAACAAGAGACUGGCUGAUGAAAAGGAACAUGUUCAAAAGGAUACUGGAUAGCUCAGGGAAUUCUGGGAAGGACUAAAGAAGUGGUUUCAGGCUAAUUUCAGGAAUGAAACUCAGAACCACGCUGUAGAACUGGCCUGAUGAGGAAACUAUCCUGACUGACUGGGAUUGCUGCUGCUGCCCCACCCCGCCCUGGAGGAAACUUAUGUCACCCUGACAGGAACCACUGGGGAAGGCUGCCACCUUCAAAUGCCACACAUUUUUGCAGCCUCUUGCACCAAAAUGCCAAACUUCCGAAGGAGCGUGUUUCCUCACCUUGCUCACUUCUAAACCAAAGUCCUUUGCCCAUUAGGUAUAACCAUCGGCAUGGAGAAGUAAUCCAAUCACAGGGCUUUAGAAGGGUCCUGGAAGAGAACCAGAACAUCCUCAAGGCACCACCAAUAUUUCAGACCAAGGUAACAUGCUCCUGGGAAGAAGACCACUGAAGUCAAGGUGCUGUUCUCAUCACAUCAACAGUAUAUACUGUCAAUAUGACUUCUCACUGUUGCUGUUAAUCCUAAUUGCUUGUCUUCUCCAUGGUGAAGGUACUCGUUUUUUCUCCUUUUCAUGUUGUAGCCUUUGGAAGAAAGUCGCUAUAUGCAGCCCACACUUAAGUGAGAGUUAUGCUCUACUUUAUUAGGGAUGGAGUAUCUAUAUAAAUUAUUUUAAUUUCUUCUGUACAGGAGAUUUGUCUGUUCUCUAUUUAUUCAAUCCUUUAUGUCAGUGUGGACUUAUAUUUAUUUUAUACUUUGGCUUGUAAUCCAAUACUGCUUCAUUUAUUUUGUUGCUCAGAUUGUCCCAGCUUUGGCCACUGGGGAAUCUUUUGGUUGGCUACUGUAUCCAUUUGACAUCAUUGUGGAUUUUUGUUCAUUUGUUCUGUUUUUGAGCAGUUUCUUAUUUUCUGGCACUAUAAGAUGCUCUAGGAUCAUUUUGUAUAUAUCCUGCCCCAACCCUAGAAUUGACCAUUUUUCUGAGGUGCCCUUGUUCUUUUUACUGGAGAGUGGUAUUAGAAACCAAGAUCUGGGUGCUAGGUGUGCUCAUUGCUACUGCGGUGUUAUUGCUUCUAAGCCUUCUCAGCCGACACACAGGGAAAUAUGUGUAUGUACACACUAUUUCCAUACAUAACCAUCAGUAUCUAUAUUAAGCUGGCAUGAGUUCAUUCUGAUGUUUCCAACUCUAAUCCAUUACCACACAAUCAUUCUGGUCUCCUCCCUUGCUUAUCUAUAACUUCCCAAAUCAACUGUGACAAAUCCAGCUCCCCCCAUCCACCAUCCAUUUACUUAAUCAUUCAUUUCCAGCAGCUAUGUACAGUGGUUUCAGGAUUCUUGUCAAAAACAACAUGGUCAACUGGAAGACAGUGGUUCAACAACAGUUCCUGCUGCCCUUCGUCUUACAGCUUCCAUUCAUUCCCAGCAGCUGAGUUCAAGGCUGAAGUGGAGAACACAUAGCUUCAAAGGCAGAAGGAAUCGAAGGUGCUCCCUGGCUUUGGACGCUUCCUCUGCUUGAGAUGCGUACGAAGGCAGUCCAAGUCCUCUGGGGAUGUUUCUUCCUGUGGCGUCUCUACAUCUCAUCUGCCCAGACCAUUUACCCUGGAAUCAAGGCCAGGGUUACUCAGCGGGCUCUGGACUAUGGUGUUCUAGCUGGAAUGGACAUGAUUGAGCAAAUGGUUAAGGAAAGAAAUAUCCCAGACCUAAAAGGUUCUGAAUCUCUGGAAUUUCUGAAGGUUGAUUAUGUGAACUACAAUUUUUCAAACAUAAAAAUCAACGCCUUUUCAUUUCCAAAUACUUCAUUGGCCUUUGUGCCUGGGUUGGGAAUCAAGGCCCUGACCAACCACGGCACUGCCAACAUCAGCACCGACUGGGAAAUCCGGUCUCCGCUCUUCCAAGACACAGGAGGAGCUGAUCUGUUUCUCUCUGGGGUCUACUUCACCGGUAUCAUCGUCCUGGCCCGCAAUGGCUUUGGUCACCCGAUCCUGAAGCUCCAAGACUGUCACGCCCAAGUGAGCCACGCCCACGUGUCAUUUUCCGGAGAACUCAGUGUUCUGUACAACUCCUUUGCUGAGCCCAUGGAGAAACCCAUUUUAAAGAACUUAAAUGAAAUGCUGUGUCCCAUUAUCAUGAGUGAGGUGGAAGCCCUGAAUGCCAAUCUCAGCAUGCUGGAGGUUUUAACCAAGAUUGACAACUAUACUCUGUUGGAUUAUUCCCUAAUCAGUUCUCCAGAAAUUACUGAGAAUUAUAUGGAGCUGAAUUUGAAGGGCGUAUUCUACCCUCUGGACAACCUCACUGACCCCCCCUUCUCACCAGUUCCUUUUGUGCUGCCAGAACGCAGUGACUCUAUGCUCUAUGUUGGAAUCUCCGAGUUUUUCUUUAAAUCUGCAUCCUUUGCUUACUUUACAGCUGGGGCCUUCAACAUCACUCUCUCCAUGAAAGAGAUAUCCAACCAUUUGGUUCAAAACUCUCAAGGCCUUGGCAACGUGCUCUCCCGGAUUGCAGAGAUCUACAUCUUGUCCCAGCCCUUCAUGGUACGGGUCAUGGCGACGGAGCCUCCCGUGAUCAGUUUGCAGCCGGGUAACUUCACCCUGGACAUCCCUGCCUCCAUUGUGCUCCUUGCCCAGACCGAGAACUCGACCACUGAAGCCAUCGUGUCCAUGGACUUUGUUGCUAGUACCAGUGUUGGCCUGGUUAUUUUGGGACAAAGACUGGUCUGCUCAUUAUCUCUGAAUAGAUUCCGCCUCUCUUUGCCAGAGUCCAAUCGCAGCAACAUUGAGGUCUUGAGGUUUGAGAAUGUUCUGUCCUCCAUUCUCCACUUUGGAAUCCUCCCACUGGCCAAUGCAAAAUUGCAGCAAGGAAUUCCCCUGCCCAACCCACACAAAAUCUCAUUUGUCAAUUCAGAUAUUGAAGUUUUUGAGGGAUUCCUUUUGAUUUCCACCGACCUGAAGUAUGAAAUGUCCUUAAAGCAGCAGCCAAGUUUCCACGAUUGGGAAGGUCUGAACCUCAUAAGUGGACAGUAGAGGGGGAAGCCAGCCGCUUGAUUACCCGUUUGGAGUCCACUCCAGGAAGUAAAUGGCCCUUAAGCCACAGCUACUGUCAGCCAAGAAGGGGAAGACAGUGCACACUGGAUUGUAAAGCCCUUGUGAAGUGCUUAGACUGACAGUUUUCUUUCUCAGGCCCUCAGGGACAGAGGGAGGCAAACUGAGUUAAAGAGCUAAAUCGGGGCGUGUGUCUGUGUGUGUGGAGGGGUAGACGUUUCAAUGUGUGUUCGUGUUUGAAUGCACCUUGUGUGUUCCUGUGUUUAUAAGGUGCCGGGGCCAAGAGCUAGCCAUGUGCCUCUGAAGAGAUGCAUGAGAAACUCGGAAGUACAGAGGUGCAUGAGUUCUUACUAGAGGAGCUCCCGUUAGCUCUCUCGGCAACCCAGGGUUUCCCCCACUUCCCUGCAUAUUGGAUUUUAUGUUUUAUAUUUACCGAUACUGUCCCUUGUAUUUAAUUAAACUUAUUUUCUAUUAAUGUCAA